AUGUUAGAUUUGUCAAAUCAUCAUCAACCAAUUCAAGUUGUUAUUGAUAAGCAUUCUCAAAAGUUAAAAAAUGAGUAUCGAAUGCGUUUGGAAGCUUCAAUUGAUGUGUCAAGACUUCUUUUGCAAUAUGGAUUACCUUUUCGAGGUCUUGAUGAAAGUAAAUCUUCAACUAAUCAAGGCUUCUUUCUAGGAUUUUUGCGAUGGCAUGGGGACAAACAUCUGAAUGUGGAAAACUUGAUAUUAGAAAAUGCCCCACAAAAGGAAACUUUGACAUGUCCUAUAAUUCAAAAAAAUAUUGCCAAUGCAUGUGCAAAAGAAUCAUUAAAAGCAAUAAUUGGGGACUUGAUCGGAGAUUACUUUGGUAUAUUAGUUGAUGAGUCAAAAUAUAUCUGUCAAAAGAACAAAUGGCUCUUGUUUUGCGUUUUGUUGAUAAGAAUGGAAGCGAUUUAUUCUUUGCUUUCCGUUCACUCACUAAGUCCAUCCAAAAUACGUGGACAAGGUUAUGAUGGGGCUAUUGGAGGAUCUUUCAAGCGUAGAGACUUACUUCGUGAUCACCAAGCCAAAAAUUAUGCGCAUCACUUGCGUGUUGAAGUCUUUUUUAUUGUCAUUGAUGUGCAACUUCAAGAGCUUAAUGACCGUUUUGAUGUAAUGAGUAGUGAUUUGCUUCUUGGGAUGGGUAGCUUAAAUUCAAUCAAUUCUUUCUCUAAUUUUGACAAAGGUAAAAUCACGACUUUAGCAAAGUGUUAUCCAAGUGAGUGUGAUGAUAGAAAAAUUCAAGAUUUGAUCUACCAACUGGAUACUUUCAUUAUUCAUAUGCGAAGUGGUAAUCUCAAGUUCUCCAACUUGCAAGGAAUUCGUGAUUUGGAGAAGGCAUUGGUUGAAGCAAAUCUUGCAGAGACUUAUUCACUUGUUUAUUUACUUGUAAAGUUGACUUUGAUUUUACAUGUUGCUACAACAACUGUGGAGAGAGCAUUUUUCGUCAAUGAAGCACAUAAAAAAUAA